AUGGAGAUCGCCCCGACAAGAUUGCCACAGCGGCUUCGAUCAGUCGAGACUAGAGACUCGACAAACAGGGUCAAACUUUGUGGUCGCGUCUUUGACAAGACUCGCAUGGAACCAUGCACCAUCGCGGUCCCACUCUCUCCUGAAAACAGUUCUGCAGCUCAUUUUCUCUCCUCUCACUCUCCAACUGCUCCCUUUCGGCGUCGAUCGUCAAAACUGCUCACAGCGAUUCACGCAGCCCUUGGAUCCGGUCCUUCAAAAGUACAUCAUUCCUCGUUCCCCGGUGCCCAUGCACUUCCGGGAGAUGGACCUUGGGAAGAAGAUGAAAUCAUUUGGAAUAAGACCAAAGUAGUCUGGCUAUCAGGAGGAGUGAUACGUAAACAAUGGACGUUCAUCCAGGAAGGACAAGCAGUCCAAUUCGCUACUCUCGGGUGGCUAGAGCAAGACUGCUCAACCGGAGACCCCUUUAUUUCUCCUCUAGCUUCUGACUCUCAAGACAAACCUCUUCGAUCCACUGCAACUGAUGACUCCUCUGAACGCCCAACUUUUGGACCGUUCGCACAAUUACCCCAGAACGCGAAACUACCCAAACUGAACCUCCUCCGUGUCCCCGCAGCCUUUGUAUUCCUUCGUGAUAUUGGAAAGAUUUUUCUCAAGAAUGGUACCGACUACACGUUUGCUGUUCCUUUCGUGGUACGGCAAGCUUGGCCACUUUAUCCACACGGUGUCCUGAUCCAAAGAUCUUUGGAGCCGGGCGAGAUCGAGGAGGCAGCUGCGAUAGGAGAGACUGCGCUCCCAACGAUCUUUUCUCUCACUAGUCCUUUUGCCGAGGCUGUCGCGAUGGGUCUGACAAGCGGAAUUCUGAAUGGAUUCGGUGAAGCUCCAACUUUGAAAGACGAGGAAGAGCACUCUCAGAGGCCGCUCAAGGCCGUACCUUCAACAGACAAUGUGAUAUGGACAUCUCGCCGGGGACCAGGUGGCAAUCAUGACCUUGUCGUCUCUGUCGACGUCGCCACUCGACAGCUCUCCAUCUGGCGUUACGUGUUCAUCAAGCCCAACGACACCCCCGUUCCUUUUGGCCAGGCCAAAGUAGCCAAGCACCGCCACUCACUCUCCAUCGCGACGAACAGGCGCACUUCGACCAUGUUCACGGACUUCGACCGACUCAACCCACGCUCACCCAAACUUGUUGGCCCACGAGAGUCUGCAAUGAAAGUUUCUGAUGUUCCUGUGCUUCCCGGGGACAUGCCACCUUUUUCGGCAUUACCUGGAAUGCCUCCGGCCUUGUCUGCGACAACUAUGGCUCCAAGCGGCUCGGGGACAUCUUCACAAUGGUCGGGAACAUCGAAUCGUCAUCGUAGGAAUUCUCUGACGCGCAACGAUCUGAGUGUCACGAUGGACCGAAUGGCGCUUGGCGCAGGGAUUAAAAGCGACUUUGAAAAUACUCUCCCGCCACCCAGUCAGCAUGGAAGGAUGAAAACGUCAUACUGGAUGGAAAAAUUGUAUUCAAAGGAACUAUCGGAUAUCGAGUUAGUACUCUCUUCAUGCACUACCCCUAUUCUUACAUUGGUUAGAGCUCGAAAUUGGCAGGAAAUAACAUGCUCUCAGUUUGACCGUCGAUGGGAUGGAGCAUCGUACCACUCCUUACUCUCGGUGCAUACACCCGUCUCUGGGACGCUGCUGGUGAUGAGGGCAUGGGAGGAAGAUGAUGUACUGAAGGUCGCACUGCUCUCAGAAACUGCUGCGAUCGCUGCCACGUCGCUGCGCAUCACGCGCAAGGAUGUCUGGGAUUUGUUGGUGCUCAGAGCGAAUUCCCAAUUCGUGAUUCUCACACAUGGUCUGAGGGAGCUCCCGGUCCAGCUGAGCACGGGGAACGAGCGAGUGGUCGAUCUCAAGCAGGAGUUCUGUCGCUCUGCGACGUUCAUCUUUCAAAGUGGGCGACGCCAGAUUGCAUGUAUCGAUCUCGUUCCUACAGAUAGUCUGACUCUCCACACACUGGAGACGCUUUCGCUGAUCCUCCCAUCGGACCUUUUUUUCGAAUUGCAUCAUUGCUUUCUCGUUAAUUGGUCCCGCAACGGCCUGCGAGCAUCAGAUAAUGUUCAAUUCGAGUGCUUGACUGCGGCACUGUGCACGACUUUCGAACUUGAUCGUCCUUCGCCCUCCGUAUCGACUGCCGUAUGGUCAAUGUUGGGUGUCUCGCCAUCUCACGAUAGAUUUCGAGAGGACAUCGCUUUGCGAAAUAUGCGACGGCCCAGUGCUCCACUGAGCGUCGUACCCUGUCAUACACUCGGCUUGAAUAGGAGAGACAUGUUUGCGCCCGUCUUGUAUGCUUUGCAUGCUCUUGCAGAAAACCUCCGACUGCGCGUGGAUCAUUACAAGCAUGUCAAUGUAUUGGCCCCAAUAAUCUGCCGGUUUGCACAAGUUAUUCGGCCCGAAUGGGCAGAUUACUGGAAGCGACUGGUGCCUGAUGCGAUGGCAGGCUGGCCUGAAGUUCCGGAGCAUGAAGUCGAUGAUCGACUACCAGUGUGGCCACCAGAUCUAUCGGCCAUCUUGUACGGCCGAGUCAGCAGUCCUGACUGGCAAGUCCCUUGGCACGACACACAGCAUAUUGCCAAUCGAUUUCACAUCGAGGCCUCAUAUGCAUUUGGGCAUGUUGAGCCACUUGCCACACUACGACGGCUCAAUAUGAUCUACAACUGCCUCGCAGAUCACGCUGAGUCGUCCAGUCAAAGGCGGGCUGAAAAUGCUGUACUUUGCAUGGUUCAGAAUGGCAUAGGAUCCGAAUUUGUGAACCGACUCUCUCUCGGAGUGUCGAUGCCGGUGAGAGAAGCCUCGAGAACCUGUCAAGUUGCGCCCCCUAGUGAAUGGCCCCUGGAAGCCUAUCGUGCAGUGGGCAGGAAUGACAUUGCCGCUUCGGCGAGCCAAAUUCCAGAUAUGGUGUUUGCAGACGGAUAUCGGCCGAUCAAAGAGUUUGUGAAUCCAACGCGACCUCGACCGACAAUCCAGGGCAUCGUCACGCAAGCCAAGGUUGCCGGGUUAGGCGCAGUGGAGACCGUGUCUGGUGUCGAAUUAGGUCUGAAAGACUUCACUGAUAUCCGAUUCGGGCAGGACCGAAGACUGGAUGAAGUGGCGCGAUUACUCUGCUCUUCCAAAAUCUUGUCCGUUCGCGCAAUAGAACGGCCUGAACUCAACGAGCACGACCAAAGCAAAGAACACCAACACCAGGUGCUUCGAAUCUCAGAACGGACUUUGGCCCUUCCUUACGGCCGGGCCAUCUUCACGUUUGGAACUCUGAUGAACGUCACGAAAGAGGCGUACAGCAUUCCCAAGCUGGAAUUUUCCAUCAAGCUGCAACCACUGGGUGUGACCGUGACGCCUGAACCCGGAAAACUUCAUGGAGAUUCGUUGUCGUGGGGGGAAUUCCACAACGGAGUUGCAGCAGGGCUGCGGAUAUCGCCGUCUGCGGCAGGAGUCGAGAGUUCUUGGAUCGCUUUCAACAGGCCGUCCGAACUGACGCCUGAACAUGCUGGGUUCCUUUUCGCUCUUGGACUGACCGGACAUCUCAAAACGAUGCUCACAUGGCACACUUUCGCAUAUCUGACGCCUAAGCACGAUCUAACCUCCAUCGGCGUGUUACUUGGACUGGCUGCAGCGAAUGUCGGCACAGGUGACGAACACGUGACCAAACUGCUCGCAGUGCACACACCAGCUUUGCUCCCUACACCUGAGGUGGAUCUAAAUGUGCCGCUAAUGACGCAGGCGGCAGGACUUUCCGGCCUUGGACUGCUGUAUAUGGGUACCAAAAACCGACGGAUGGCAGAAGUGUGCCUGGGUGAGAUCGCGCGCCGCGACCUGGCCGAUCCAGAUCUGAACAACGAAUUCCGAGAAGCUUACACUUUUUCUGCGGCCCUUGCAUUCGGGAUGAUCAUGCUGGGAAAAGGAAGCAUGGUCCCGGCGGACGCCGCACUGCUGAGUCGGCUAAACAUCCUCAUCCACGGAGAACCCAGAACACCGAUCAACACCCAUCGGACCGGAUUUUUCGAUCUCAACUUGACGUCGCCGGCAGCGACACUGGCGCUGGGGUUGAUGUACCUGCGCACCGAACGACAGGACGUCGCUGAUAUGCUGGUGAUCCCCGACACAGUUUUGGCGCUGAAUCGCAUCCAGCCCAGUUUCCUACUGAUGAGGGUGUUGGCAAAGGCGCUGAUCAUGUGGGACUCGAUCUCGCCAACAUCAGAGUGGCAGGCGGCACAGAUCCCGAGGUCUAUACGUGAGGCAGUGGACAAUCGCUCCAGAAAGGGUGUUCCCAUCGACGACUCCCUGGAGCUCGCCUAUUACAACAUUCUCGCCGCGUCCUGUUUUGCAAUUGGCCUGAAAUUUGCUGGCACGGCGAGACAGGAAGCGUAUAUGAUGAUCAUCCGGUACUUCGAUCUAUUUACUCGCAUGGUGUACUCGAACAGCCAGGCAUUCGACCACAAGAUCCGACGUUCGGCCGUGCGCGAUGGCUUGAAUCUCAUCUCGAUCGCUCUCAGCAUGGUCAUGGCCGGCACAGGCGAGAUAUCGUGCUUGCGCCGGUUCCGAUUCGCAUACGGAAUGUACCACCAGACCAUGUACCAUCCAGCAUUCCGAUACGGCAUCCACGUCGCCAACCACAUGUCUCUCGGCUUGCUUUUUAUUGGCGGAGGGAGAUUCACCCUGGGGACAUCGGAUGCCGCUGUAGCCUGCAUGGUCACGGCACUGUUUCCUCGAGCGCAUCACGCUUCCUCGGAAAAUAAGAGCUUCCUCCAGGCUUUGCGGCAUUUGUGGGUGCUUGCGAUCGAACCUCGUUGCCUGAUUGCGCGUGACGUAGAAACGACCGAUGUGGUUUAUUUACCUGUCAAGAUCACUGUCCACGAAGGGAGGGAAGCUGGAACUACGCAGCUGAUCUCACCGACGCUCAUCCCUGAUCUGGACAAGCUGGCUGCUAUCCGCGUCGACACCCCUCGUUACUGGCCGUUUCAUUUUGACACAGCGAACAUCCCCCGACACAAGGACAGCCUCCUCCGCAGCCAAACCCUCUAUGUCAAACGGCGGACUGCAUUUUUGAGCUACACAGAGGAUCCCAGAGGAAGCCGAAGUCUGUUCGUCAGGUCUCGCUCAUCAGCGGGGGAGGCUGCAACGCUGGAUUUCCCGCAGCUCAGUGACACCAAAGUCCAUCCAGCCAGCGACCUGGGCGAGUUCAUCACCUCCUUCUCGAAUGACACGCUUUUCCUGGCCUAUGCAGACCAUUUGGCUCGCGAAGAAGGUGUCACCGAGGCAGAACGCAUUCUCCAUAUCUAUUCGCAUGCCAAUCUGCUGGAUAGUAUUCUCCAGGGUAAACCACAGACCCUCCAGGCCCACCUGACCCUAUUUCGCUUCCGGCUACUUGUCCCGAACUCUCGAUAUUUCCAUCUCCAUCUGCAGGACCUCAGGUUCGCUGCCGAUUUCUACAGCAAAAUAUAUGAGCGCCGAUUCAGCGGACGGCGAGAAAACAAUUACCGGAUUCCGUUGCUUCGGGACAGCACUGUUUCUGGGACAUUGCACGUUCUCGACGAACAACUCAGACACUUGCGGGCAGACGAGCAAUUCAAGGAGGUUCUCAAGCAGUAUGCUUCCGGAGAACCAGUCUCCAUGGACGAAGGCGCGUCGUCGCUCCUGGCGUGGUAUCUGCUCAGAAACAGCGUGCCUGUCUCGACACUGUUGAUGAUCCUUAAACACCUCGCAAAUGAAGCUUUUGAAAAAUGCUUUCAACAACCUCAGCCUGCUGGGACAAUCGACCAAGAGCUCUUGAAGCAAGGCAUCACUGAAGUUCUGCAUGCGGCUGGCGUCAAACUCACGACCGUCCUGGGAGCCGGAUGGUCAGUCGCAGUGUAUUUUUGGUAUGUAACACUCGAAAGCCAAACCGAGAUAGCCGGUGACAGCAAAGCAUCACAAAUAAAGUGCACGGAACGUUCGACUUUUUGUUCGUCCGCACCCCUCAUCAUGUCUUCAACUUCCGUGCAGGCGACUAACCUCGCCUCCAUAAAAAACGCGCCUGUCUUGGGCUUGGCCGAGGGCAAUGGCGCCUUCUCCAACUACCACCUCGCCGCGCUUGUCCUCUUGGUGCCCUACGUGGUCAAAUCCUUUGUGCCCCUCGUAAACCGUGGCGGGCUCAAGACUUACCUCGUUCUCAUGGUGCUUACGGGCGUCCCGACCACCAUCGCGUAUUGGACUCUCAUGUCUACGUAUGGUGGACGCAAGAACGAGAAGGUCCUCUUCCCCGGCAAGGACAUCGAGGAGUACAUCACUAUCAAGGACCCAGAGCUCAAGAAGCUUUACUACGGAAAGAACAAGAUUCCAAUGCAGGUGUUCCACGAUGCAUACUUCGAGGGGAAGAUUGAUUUCAACGGCGACGUACUGGAUGUUUUGGAACAGCGUCACGACUGGGCAAAAUUCACCUUCACGCCUGAACUGUUUAAAUAUGUCUUUUUGAACUUCCUGCCCGAAGUCAUCGUGCACUCGCAGAGUCAGGAUGAAGAACAAGUUCGUGACCAUUACGACAGAGGCGACGACUUUUACGAAUGGUUCCUUGGUCCUCGCAUGAUCUACACUUCCGGUGUUAUUCUCUCCCCUGACCAAUUCGAGUCCCUGGAAACCCUGCAAGACAACAAACUCGCAAUCGUUUGCAACAAGCUCAACUUGCAGCCCACCGAUCGCCUCCUCGAUGUCGGCUGUGGCUGGGGCACUCUCGUUGCCUACGCAGCCAAAAAUUUUGGCUGCGACGUCACGGGUGUUACGCUUGGAAAGAAUCAGACCAAGUUUGGUACGAAGCGCAUCGCAGACAACGGCAUCUCGGCGGACAAGGCUCGCAUCCUGUGCUGCGACUAUCGUGAGAUUCCUCAUGGCAAGGGCAUCUAUGACAAAAUCGUCAGUCUGGAAAUGGCUGAGCACGUUGGUGUCCGCCGUUACUCUGCUUUCUUGGGCCAGAUGUACGAGCUUUUGUCCGACGAUGGUAUCUUUGUUUUCCAAGUCGCUGGCUUGCGUCAAGGUUGGCAGUUUGAGGAUCUCAUCUGGGGUCUCUUCAUGAACAAAUAUGUGUUCCCUGGUGCCGAUGCCUCCGCGUCUCUUGGCUGGGUCGUUAACAAGCUCGAGCAAGCCAACUUCGAGGUCAAGUCGAUUGACGUUCUCGGUGUUCACUACUCCGCCACCCUCUGGAGGUGGUACCUCAACUGGUUGUCGAACAAAGAAAAAGUCAUCGAGAAGUACGGCGAACGGUGGUUCCGUAUCUGGGCAUUUUUCCUUGCCUGGUCGACCAUUGCCAGCAGACAAGGCACUGCUUCCGUGUUCCAGUUUGUCCUGCACAAGAAUUUGAACGCGUACCACCGUGUCCUCGGUGCGGCCAACCAUGGUGGCAUCCACGUCAAACUUGACAAAGAGCCUCAUGAACCGGGCCUGACGUCCGUCGUGGAUACACCCGGAGAUGAACCAUGCGCAAAGAUCUGGUCGGUCUACCUUUCGGAAGCGGAGAAGUACGACAGAGACUUGGUCGAAAGCUGGCGGGCUAACAUGAACGGAAUGCUGAUAUUCGCUGGUCUCUUCUCGGCCGUGCUGACGGCCUUCAUCAUUCAGAGUUAUCAAUCUUUCACUGCUCAAAUGGCCCCUGCUCAAUCGCCUGAGCUUCUCGCUCUCAUCCAUAUAUCCCAGCAGAUUGCCCCGAACGGAUUCGGAUCGGCGAUGCUGCCCCUGGCUCUCGAUUUCACAGGCAACUCGACGCUGUCUACUCCGGGUCCUGACGCUGCCUAUCUAGCGUGCAAUAUUCUUUGGUACCUCAGUCUCGGUCUCAGUCUGGCUAGCGCGUUGCUGGCUACGCUAGUGGAUCAGUGGGCUCGUGAAUUCUUGCAAAGAGCGGAAAUGCGACCUAACCCCGUCAAACGCGCACGGAUGUAUGCAUAUCUCUACUAUGGGUUGCAGCGUUUCCGUAUGCACGUUGUCGUUGGGGUUGUCCCCCUACUUCUGCAUUAUUCGUUGUUCCUGUUUUUCGGCGGCCUGGUCGCGUUCCUCAAACCAGUGAACUUCACUUUGACCAUUAUUGCAGUAGCUAUGCUCGGCUUUGUAGGCAUUUUCUAUGCUUCCAUAACGCUACUUCCUCUGCUCUGGUUCGACUGCCCGUACCAAACACCUCUUUCUCCCUUACUGUGGAAUAUCCACCGAUUCUUGCUACGCCGCAUUCUCAGCCACUUUCCCGCGCCUGCUCGCCAGAAUGCGGAUGAUCCGCAGCCACCUUUGAAUCCGCACCUGAAAUCACAGCAGUCGGCCAUGCUAGACACCGCCACGAUACGCUCUGACCUACGCGAGGCUCGGGAUAAAAGAGCACUCGCAUGGACAAUGAAGUCUCUCGCAGACGACGAUGAGCUCGAGCCGUUUGUGGAGGGCAUUCCCAAUGCUAUCUAUGGUCCUCAAGGCCGUCGAGUGAAAUAUGACGAUUUGAUGUUGGGCCUGCUGAAAGAUCCAGACGUUCUACUGGGUUCACGGAUUGAGCAUCUGCUGCUGAGUUGUGACGCCGGUCUGCUUGAACCGUUGGCCCAGACACGACGUCUGCAUACGUGCCUAAAAGCCAUCUGGUGUCUGGGGAUGAUCGCAGAGAAGAAAAGGUCGCCCGCCCAACCAUUGUUUUUCUUCCAGAACCGAGGGCUGAAAUUUCUGCCUGCACCGACGCCAGCCAUUGCCCAUUAUCUUCCAUCGAUCUCAGCGUUGGCCGAAUGGAACGGUUUCUGCUCCCUCCACGGUCACGUCGCAAAGCUGCUGGAGCACCUGGAAAACCGACCCCAUCCCGUCAUGCCGCUGUAUAUCAGCGACUGUCGUUUGCGUCUCCGGCUGUUUCUUGACCAGUACGAGCUCAGCAAUUGGCAGCAUGUCAUUCCCAUCGCAUCCGAGGGGAAAAAUCUGGCUUUACUGGUGAGGCCUCCAGCUCAGCCUCAGACAACGUUCGAAAUGGACGACUGGGUGACGGACGUAAAACACGUCUUACAGUCCAUGCCGUUAUAUUGGAACAAGAUCCAGUUCCGGAUCCUUCACUCCUACCUGCAGCAAUCUGCGGCGUUGGAUCGACCGCCUUACGAAUUUCAGUUGACAUGCCAAACGAUUCAGCCUUCGCUCGAACCUGACAUUGACAUCGCGGGCAGCGUAGCAUCUACUAUUAGCGAGACGGUCCACAGAGCAGUGUCGCCGAGUGGGCGGCCCUUGAACCACAUUGACAUCAUCCUUGGAAUUCUGCUGCCCUGGUUUGACACCAAGGCUCUCGAGCCACACAUCGCAGUCCGCGUGACAGACAGCGUGAUCGAAUACAUCAAUCAUCGCGAGUCCAAUGCUGCCGUCUGCCAUGUCCUUGGCAAAUGCGACUUGACUCUCCUCUGGGACCGGAUCACCGACCGGAUCAACUCGUCCAGGCUCGAAGUGUCCAAGGCGAUGUGGCAUCUCUCUGCCCUGUUCCCGGGGCCAUCAGCCCUCGAUGCUCGAUUGGCGGAGUGGCCCGCCUUCAACACCGCCAUGCUGGACGUCAUUCCGGCCGCACCAUACACAGCGUCUGUCCUGGCACUUCUCAAGUCGCACAUCUAUGAUGCAUAUGAGGCUGUCGAGCGCACCUUGCUUGUGACCGACUUGAAGAGAUUCAGGCAACGGCUGAUCGACAAUCCUGUCAGCCCGUUGACAUCACAUGAUUCCCUCACGUUACUACGAAACGUGGAACGGUACUGGGCUCUGAUGACCGCUGUCUGCUCGCUGCUUCUUCCGCCCGUGGACACCAGCGGCCGACGGCCUCUGGAAAAAUUACCGGUGUUCCCGGUGUACCGGUACAGCACUCUUGGCAUCUACGAAAACUACAGGCGGAAUGCAAUCGGUGCGAUUGACAAAGCUAUCGAACUGAUCCCCCGCUUCAACCGAAGAAUGGGAGAAGCACGAUUUCUGGUAUUCCUCGGAUUCGUCAACGUGUGUGCCCAUGACAAUGUUCUUCCAUACAAAGCUUUCGAAACACUCUCAGAAAAUCUUCUUCUCGCGCUGCCCAAUGCCCCAGAAAUGGACGUCGUUCACCCAAAUAAUCAACGCGCGUUUGUGGCUGUGUUCAAGUCAUUGUGUGGAUCAGAGCAAACGCACGACCUCGUUACUCUCAUCCUGACUUCCCCCCUCUUCAUCAUGGAACCUCUGCAUUGGUUGGAUGAUCCCGAGUCGAUAUGUGCUCUCGUUGCCAUCUUGAAGGGAAUCCGGCCGAACGCUUCCGAUUCAUUCUCGAACAAGGUGGAAGAAAUCAUCCAAUGGCUCGAUAGUAAGCCACCAUCAACACCCGUUGUAAACGGUCAUGCCGUUGCUGGACCGUCCCGUCUUUCCUGA